CGUCAUGCUGCGCGCGGUUCGUUUACCACGCCAUUUUGCAUGAUUUCGCGGGAAGUAGUAAAAAUUGGUCAGAAUUCAAUCUGAAGGCAUCCUCCGAUCGGAGAAGGCCAAUCUGACCAUGGAGAGUUCGUACGGCAUCGGCGUGAAGAAUAGGUACGAACUGUUCUACGAUGACGAAGAGGAUCCCACAGAAUUGCUCCGGCAGCAAGAAGAAGAAAAGGAGAGGCGGAAGGCCGAAAAGAUCACCUCGAAGGACAAGCCUAAAGGCCCGGCGCCCAAGGGAGUCAAGCCUCCGGUGAACGCGGCUGCAAAGAAAAUCCCAAAGGAAAUACCGAUCAACAAGGCGCAAGAACGGAACGUCGCACCCAGGGACGACAACAAGCUUCAGCGGACAGUCAGGCCGGACCGGGCGGUCAAGUUUGCCGGCCCCGGGGCACGGGACAACCAGCAAGACUUCGAGGAACGGAAGAACCGGCGCAACCGCGAGGAUCGGGUGCCUGCGGGCGGCUCGGAAAACCGGUUCGACACUGGCAGCAGGGAUCGUGGCGAGGGGGACAUCCGGAGAGGGGGCCGGGGCGGCGGCCUCGGCAGGGGAGGCUACCCGAGGCGAGGAGGACGGGGGGGCGGACCCGGACUGGGAGGAGUGGAAGGGGGUCGGGGGGCCCCGGGAGCUGGAGGCCGUGGGGGCGGCUUCGACGGACGUGGAAAGCGGGAGUACGAGCGGCAGAGCGGCAGCGACCGCAGUGGGGUGAAGUCUGUAGACAAGAAGGGCGGUGAAGGCGCCUUCAACUGGGGGACUGUCAAUGACGACCUGGAAGUUCAACUGAGCCCGUUUGGUGAAGAGAACGCCACAGAGACCGCCGAGAAAAGCGGAGACGAGACGGCCGCCGCUGAGAACCCCACAGACACCAGCAAGGAAGAGGAGGGCGGAGCAAGCACCGCGGAGGGAGUCCUGCCCGACGAUGCCAAGGAGAUGACACUGGACGAGUACAAGAAGGAACAGGAGCAGAAGCGCUCGCGGGCGAGCUUCAACAUCCGCAAGCCCGGUGAGGGCGAGGAGAACGCCGAGUGGAAGAAGAUGUACGUGCUCAAGAAGAAGAUCAACGAGGAAGGCGAGGAGGAGGAAGAGGAGGAGAGCGAGGACGAAGACGAGUAUGCUCGGCGCGGCCGCCAGCGUCAGCUCGUCGACAUUGAGAUCAACUUUGCGGACCAGCGCCGCAGCCGGGGGGGCCGCGGACGCGGCGGAGGCCUCGGACGCGGCGGACCGGGAGGUCCCGGCGGCCCCGGGCGCGGGGGCGGACCCAGGGGACCCCCCGGAGAGCGGGGCCCUCCGGGCGAGAGGGGCGGACCCCGCGGAGGCGGAUUUUCGGGUCCCCGCAGCCCCAGGGAGCUGCCCCAGGGCGGAAGCGGGCCGGCGGCCGGGCCCAAGCAGUCGGCGCCCAAGGUCGACGACUGGAACGACUUCCCUUCCCUGGUGGCCGCCUAAGACCCUGCGCUCCGACCAGGAGCGGAUCCACCAGAUCGGAGACAGAAGCGCGCGUCAAGGACGACCAUUGUCACUUGCGCCACACGAGUUUUUUGGCGCCUGCUAUCGAGGGUCGUUCGUUCCUUUCUCCCCCCCUCCUACAUGCCCCCUCUCUCAAACUGUUUUUUUUUUCCUCCUUUGAUCUUUUCUCUCCCCUCUUUCCUCUGUGUUUCUCUUGAGACCUUUGACUAGAGUGUGCAUGCGCCAGAGUGCUGCAUCUGUAUGUAUGCGUGUGCGAGAGAAUGAAUGUCUACACUUUGCUUUUUCCCACUACUUGAGAGCAAAAGGCUCUUGAUUCUCUGGGAGGGCGGAACUGAAGAGCUGGUGUUCAAGAAAACCCUCACUGAUUUUUUUUUUUUUUUUUGUGGUGUCUAAAAAAGAAUUAAUUUUCUGUUUUUGUUUUUUCUUGCAGAGUUUGUUGCACCACAUGCUCUUUUUGUGUAUGUUACACAGCUAAAUACAGUAGCGGGUUUUCUCUGUGCGUGUGUGAGUGAGUGUGUAGUUAAUUAUUUCUUGCGUGCGAGAGUGAGUGGGUCCCUUUCUCUGCGUUUUGCCAGUCUGGUCCUUGCUCCCCUUGGAAGUUGGCGUGUAGUGUGUCCAAAAGUGUGAUCGCGAACAAGAAAAGGAGGUGCAGCCUUCUUUUUUUGUUGUUGGGAUGGAACCGUAUUAGGGCUAGGGAAUUGUGCGCACAUCUUUCCUUUUCCUCCACUCUGCUCUGCAAUAAGAGUACAAAAUUAAGCAGUGCCCUUUUAUUUUCUUUGUUUCGUCUGACUGGGUUGUGAAUGUGAAGGGACAUGGUGGUUUUACUUGGCCUUUGACCUUCUUGAACCUUAAAAAAGUAGCCCAAGAUGUCUUUUUUUUUUUCCCCAUUUGGUUUAUUUGGGGAAUGAGGGGGAAGAGAGGUCUGCAUCUGCCAGCGUUCAUUCUGACGACUGACGCAAAAUGGUGAAGAAAACCAGAGUGUUUCUUUUGAGUUGCUCGUUUGCCAGGCUAGCCUUAUUUGGGCUACCCUUAUAAGGCUGCCCCCAUCAUGCUACUACCCCCCCAUCCUGUCUCAGUUGUGGUUUGUCUCGACGGGACGUUUGGGGGGUUGACACGACCCCUUUUUAUUUGUUCUACCACAAGUUUUCUUUAGUAGAUCAAUACCGGGGCCCCGAAUGAGUCGCAGUGGGUGUCUCAUCUGGCGGAUGUGGUGGCAGCACAGAGUUGCUCUGGUUCUCACUGUGGGGAGGAGGGUCUUGUUUUUAUUUGAUGGGGAGGGGGAUGUGAAGGCGGGGGAAGUCGUUGAAUAAACGUCAUAGACAGUUGUA